ACGCAACCAUUCUGAGCAGUGAGCACUGAGCACCGACUUCCCUCACGGGCCUCCGCGACUCCACCUCUCGGCUUUCUCCUCACCCAGUAAUACGACAGCCUGUGUGUGGGUGAGGGGUACCGUCACGGAAUGUACUACUGGAAGUGUUUGUGUUCAAAUUUGCCGUGACAACCCACUUACAACAAAGUGCAUGGGUCUUCACCCAUCCUUUAAUUACAUAACAUCACUGAGGGAAAAACACGCGUCUUCUUCCUCGUUGCUAUAAGUAACAUUUUCGUGAAAGAUAACAUUUGUAUUGAUUAUUAAGGAAGUAUCAGAUGUGCUAGUGAGACGUCCUACGAGCAGGUUGGCGGCGUGCUUGGACCGCUCUGCCAGGAUGUGGUGUGUGGCGGCGGCGGCCGUGCUCCUGGCGGCGGCCACUCCUUCCCAAGGAUUCGGUGUGGGGAUCAAAGGAACAAAAUGUAACUUAGAUCCUGCAAAGGGGGAGGUGACCGACCCCUGUGACUCCCUGUAUGGUGCUGUGUGCAAAGGCACCCACUGUGCCUGCCCUCCUGGUACUACAGAGGACAAGGCACUAUCCUUUUGCUCUAAAACUCGUGGAGGGGGAUCCCAGGGCGGAGGAGGAGGAGGUGGUGGUGCAAUAGAUGACCUGGGCCUUCCCCUUGACUAUGAGCCCAAUAAACCUAAACCUGCCCCACCACCUGCCCCAGCAUCACCCAAAGACAAGCCUCCCCAGCAGCCCCAACCUGGAUACAACCCAAAUCAACCAGGCUACAACCCCAACCAACCUGGCUACAACCCCAACCAACCUGGCUACAACCCCAACCAACCUGGCUACAACCCCAAUCAACCAGGCUACAACCCCAACCAACCAGGCUACAACCCCAACCAACCUGGUGGUAAAAUCAAAGGAAAGGGAGGCAACGAUAAUAUGGGAGAAGAGGUUGGCGGAGGUGUGGGUGGCCUGGUGAUGCUGCUCAUUAUGGGUGGACUUAUUUACUUCUGCUGCUGCAGAGGAGGAAAGCAUAAGCAGGUGAUGAGCAGGUUCCAGGGCCUGCCUUUCAUGAACAGGGGCCAGCAGGCUGCCCCUGGGGGAGCAGUGCCCAUGCAGAGUGCAAUGAUACAACAAGACCCAAACUUCAGCUCCCAGCACACCUAUGUGCCACCCAACAGCCAGCAGCCCCCCCCUGACCAGUACCCUCCACCAGCAGGUGUAUACCCAGCAGCACCUUACACAGCACAGCCUGGGUAUGCACCUUACCCUCCCCCAGGUGUUGGUGGGCCUCCUAUGCAGCCUUACCCUCCACAGCCUUAUUACCCACCGGCUGCCGCACCCUAUGUGGCCACUGGUGUCCCCGAAGGCUAUCCAGCGGCAGGGCAGCAGCCUCCGCCCUACACCCAGCAGUACCAGCCCAACGCUCCCCCUCCCCAGUAGACGCCACUUGUAGUGAUGCUUUCUGUUUUAAGAAAGAGAAUCGAGAGUCUGGAUUAAUAGGUGGUCUUCAGGACAGCAUGUGGGUUGUCUUAGGCCACUCGGCAGUGAGUGAAAAAAUCCCAGCCUGUGGUGGCAGGCGGGACGCAAACCCGCUUCCUCUUGGACAUGGUGCUGGCAUGCUAAAACACUCUUAUUGAAGAACUUGCAAGGUUUGUCCAUACCCACUGUGCAUGCUCCUUCAUAGUAUUGCCGUGACUCCAUAUUGGGAAAUUAAAGUCAUGAUGUUUUAACUUUAUGCCUACCUUUACAAGAAGAUAUUCUUAAAUUGUCUCCACUAGCAGGGAAAUUGAACCAAAAUUUUUUCUUAUGAGCUGAACAUGAUAAUUAAGGCAUUGACUGCCAUCAUGGUAAUAUUCAGAGAGAAAAAAUUUCCAUAAAGCCUCUCUGCCCUGGGGAUUUACUGCUUCACAGGCCACAAAAUAGUAAAGUAAUAUAUAUUGUGUUACAAAUUAGUGAUAAGGCUGUAAAUUGCACAAAAGCAAGCACUGGAAAAUACUUUAGGAAUAAUCAGAGAUAAAUAUUACUUGUAUCUUUAUUAACCGAUUACACAUGGCUCAUAAAUGCGUACAGGUGAUACCAAAAAUAUGUCUUUUGAUGUACCUGAAACAGAUAUAGUGAUACAGAUACUUUUAUUUAUUUAAUAGAAAAAAGAUGUUGGCCACACACCAUACUCACAUUUUGGGGAUUCUUUCAAAAGAGAGAAGACAAUUUUUCGUACAUGUAUUUCAUAGCCUUUUGAAUUAUUGAAGCUGAUGUUCCCCAUGUAUAAAUGUACAUACAAAUUUAUGAUAAAAUUUACUUUUGUAACAUUAUUCUACAGUGGCUCACUAAUGUCAGUCAACUUGAGCAAAGCUGGCUGAGCUACAUUAUGACUGACUUAUCUAACGACAGGGCUUAGUAGCAUAUAUCAGACGACGGAUCAGCAUGGACGCACACAUUACAGGUUGGAUGGAAUCCUUACUAUGGUCUAGCUAAAGUCAUACUUAAGGGGGGGAUGUUUACCUUUGAUGAUUGUCCCCUUCACACACAUUAGUAGUUUUUUUGAAGAGCAAAUGGAGCUGAUAUCAUCAUUGGCAUAGUAAAUUUUCUGCUUAUUUUAGUUUUUCCAGGCCAAACUUUGAAUAAGCAUAAUUCCAUCAUGGUUUUCUCUGUGGUGGUUUCACUAAAAAGGUUGUGAAGGAAUUAUUCCUAAAUAAUUUUAUAUUGGUAUUCUACUGCCUAUGCAACAAUCUUAUUUAAGGUAUUUUUUCUUGUAUUUUUCCCACCCUAAGCCCCUAAGGACUACUAUUCUUCUGCCUUAUUUAUCCUUACAGCUCCAGUUACAGCCCAAGUUUUCAAGUUUCACUGAGGUAAAUUUGUUUUUUGUUAUUUCAAGAACUUGAUAUUAUUCAUCAUAUGAAGUAUGUUUCACUCUCAUAUGUCAAAUACAUACUGCACCAUGAAACACCGAAAGGACCCAGGGAGAAGUGUUCCUGGGGGAGGCGGGGGAAGAGGAUGUGAUGUGAUGGUGUGUGUAACAGUAUUAUCUUAGGGUCUGUGGAGGUGCAGGGAGAGAACUGGGUGAGAAAAGUCACCAGACACAGGACAAGGCCCAGUAGGGUGGUGGGUGAAGGGAUAGUGAAGGGAGCACCUCCCAUGCCAGACACACGCAGAUUUACUCAUUCACUCUCCCUCUUCUUCACACACACACAAAGAAAAGUCAGGAAAACUUGCCACCAGUUUUUAAAGCUCACAUACGAUCAUUAGGCACAGAUUCCAGCACUAACAUUGAGAACUAUCAUUAGGCAGUAAGUGUGGGGUCAUCUAUUAUUUUGAAAUUUUAGUUACCUAUAAAAAUUAUAACGAAUCAAACAAACUACUUUUUUUCUAUCAAAAGCUACAAAGAGAAUCAAACUCUCUUCAUGAGUUAUAAAUUUAUCCUCAUUCAAAAUUGUAGAAAUGGUGUUUUGAGAUACAAGCUGUUUAAGUUUUACCAAAUAUGAAGGUAGGUUACCAUAACACUGAUGUACAAUACAUUAACAUAAGUCCAAAUAUUGCACCUAUAUAUUACAAUGAAGCCAUAUAGUAUUACUAGUACUUGCCCUCUCCUCCUACAAGAUAUAUAUAAUAUGGUCCUCCUUUGAAUUCUAAUUGUAUUGGUGAGGUGGUGGCUGAGUGGUCAGUGUACAGGUGCAGUGUUCUGGAGACAAGUUGAGAGUCCUGCCCACUGCUACAACCUGACAAUUUUCAGUCAAUGCCGAGAGAUUGAAGACAACCCACAUGCUGUUCCAAUGAACACCCAUGAACCCUGACUCUAAUGAAGUUCUCUCAAGAGGAUCACACAAUGCUCCAGAGGCCACCCUGAUCCAAGCAAGAAUGGCACUACUGUAUGGCCUGUCAGCCAACCAACACUAUAGGUCAAAUAUAUAAGAAAAAAUAUUAUACUUCAUAUUAGACUAAAAUGAAAAGCUAAAUGCCCCCCAAAUACAUGAAAAGUAAAUUGUUAACCUUAACUCAAUAUGAAUAUGCAUUGAGGUGCAAUUUAUUCAAGAUGCAGGAUAUAUGUAAACUCCCGAGAUCAUGCACAAGUCUCUUUGCAGCAAGGCUACAGGAAGGGAGAGGCAUGCAGCGAGCUAACUUAGAUAUUGCUACACAACAUUUACCAAGUUAUAUUUUAUCAGUGUUUACACAUUUCUGUUUCUGAACAAGAUUUCUUGUCUAUCAAUGGAGCAAAAGUAGUUUUGUCUCUGGUACAAAUUUAUUUUGGAGGCAUAUUUUCAUGGAUGCAUAUUUAUAAGAAAGUAAAGUUGGGAGCAUGCACUGUAGCUGCACGUGGCGGCAGUGCUCAUCUCUGUCCCGCUGGCCCUUUGAGACUGGUGGGAGACCUCUUAACUUACAGAGGGCCAGUGUAACAUCCGGAUUACCACAGUUUACCUUCCCCAGGUUUCCUCAGGUACCCAUUUAUUGACCUUCCCAAAAGGAAGGAUGAACAGCUGGGUGGGCUGCAUGCCAACUGCCCAGGCUGGGAUUCAAACCUGAGCAGAGCACUAGUCAAGCUGAAAGUUUAGGUGUUACAAUGAAAAAUUGGGAAAAAGGUGAUUUAGACCUCUGUUAAAGCCAGCCAUUUUCUAGGAUGAAAUGGGGUUUCGUUAGCUGUGUAGCUCAGUGUCAGCACUGUGUAACUGCAGUGGUUGGAGGCCAACUGUAUAUACUGUCCAACUGUAUAUACUGUAGAACAAGAAAGAGAGAGAGGAAAAACAGGACUUUGUGUCCCAAAUAUUGUUACUGAUACAAAGGUUGCAGAUGCCUCUUGGGUAAAGACCCAAACCCCAGCAGAGGCAGUGCCUGUUGAUACACAGCUCUGAGAUGCCUCUUGAACCAAGACCCCAAUGUUGGCAGUGUUUGUUUACACAGCAAUGUCAACAGCAUUGAUGCAGACUGAUGGCUACCUGGCAUGCAUGCUUGGUGACAGGGAUAUGAAAGACAUUUCAUGCUCUUAGUGAAUUGUGCAACACAGUACUAUGUACCCAUAUCUGCUGCCUGCAAAUGGUUGUUCAGAUGCACAGGGAUCAUUUUUAGUAUUAACAGAAUAGCUCUGGACACUCAUAACUUAGAAAACUGAUUGUUGAUCAAGCUCAACAAAAGUUUGCAUAAAUUUGUAAUUGACUAAAUGUUGUAAAUUAUUAGCCUCUGAAGGUUGCAUGUUCUAUUGCUUUCCUCAUGAAGAUCUUAUGUCAACUGAUUCAUUGAUUUGUAAUUCAAUGAUUAAGAUCACUUUUUAUUUUGUACUUAGAUAUGAUUUUUACUUUUACAUUUGACUAUGUAUUACUUCACUCUACUUUUACCGGAGCAAUAUAGUGCCAAUACAAUAAUAUUCUUUACAGCUCUGCUGAUGUGACCAAAUCUGUGACCAAAAGAGACUGCUGUACAAUGUCACAAGAAGGAACCAAGUAAAAGGGUUGUCCUAUUUCUCUUGAACCACACAAUUGCAGUAACUCACAUUGCACAUGCUUUUUAAAGACAGAGAGAGCAUGCAACUUCCUUGAAAAACUACACACACAAAAACUGCACAAUUCAUCUUAUGAAGUUACAGAUAGAAAAUAUUGUUCAGUCCUUGUCACUAGUGGGUUGCAGCAUGUUAGGACAGAAGAAAAAGUAAGGUUGACAACCACUAGUGCAGGGGGGCUGUUACUGAAUUGUGCAUGUAGUCAUACAUCACAGCAGCCUCUAUAUACAAAAUCUGCCUGCACCACUGACAGGCUGGGGUCAUCCAAGAGAUCCCUCAAGAGGGCCUACUGGUGCAAUAGGCAGCACUUUAGUCAAUAUGAGUUUUUCUCCACUAUACUUUCUGUUUGCUAAUGUGACAGACCUAGUAUCACUCACUUCUAACUUUUCUGGGUGUUAUUUGUGGAGUAACAUCCUAUGAUUAUAACCAUGAUAGCUCUAUUUUUUAUAUGAAAUACAGAAAGACAUAAUAUAUCUACAUAUUUGUAGCAAAAAUAUGAAUAUUAUAUCCAUUCAAGUGGAAAUGUACUUGAGUAGACUGGUGACUUCAAAGGCCAAAACAACAAAUAUUGAUGUUUUCCACUACAAGGAAUAUAAUACUGCAAAGGGUCUGAAAUGUAAUCUCAUAAAAAAAACUGGCUGAAUAAUUUGGGAUAUUAUUAUUGUUACUAAAAUAGGAGCACAAUAAUAUGAAUUUUUCACAUUAGCCAUUUGCAAUAUUUGAUCUAAAUAUGGCACAACAGCAUCAAUAAAUAAUCCAAACAAUGAUGAGUUGCUGCAAAAUGUCUUAAAAAGAAUUUGGUUUCAUCAUACAAGUACCUCAGUCUAUAUGUUGUUUAAAGUCUAAUGAACCAUGUGGGAAGCUUGCCACUUACAAGCAUUGCCACAUUUGCACCCGUUAUGUGCUGAUGUGCACCUGAACACUGCAGAUAAAGACAAACUGCUCUUUAUGUGGUGAAACAAUGCUGGUAAACAUGUGAAUUUUGAAUUAUAAAAGUGCAGCACAUUCUGCGGUGGCCUUGCGGUGACUAAACUCAAUAUUAGCAUUGCUAACUAGCUAAGUACAUCAAAACAUUUUGAAGAUCCUUAUUUUGAUUUGUAUGGAGGAUUCAAUUAAACAGAAUGCAUUAACAACUGUAGUUUUAAGAACUUUAAAAUAGUAGAGUAACAAUCAUGCAAAUAAUGUAAUUUUUGUUUGAAAAAUUCAAAUUUCCAAGUCUAACUUGAAAGAUACAAUUUAGAAGUUUAACUAGUACUGGACACUAUACACCAUGUGAUAAAAAUGUGGUUUUGACUAAAGAAAAAAAUAACAAGCUUAGUUAUACCUGAAAAUAUUUCUGUUCUGACACAGGUUGGCUUCGUUUAAAGCAUUGCUGAGUCAUUUCGAUUUGUUUCAACAGUUCUUGCCAUAUAGAUUAAAGAUGACUUUCAUUCAUAAACCUUUGCUUUUACAGACCUCAAUAUAAUGAGUUUCAGUUUAACAAACUUUUGGGGCCAGUCUGGUAUACAGCAAACCCUUCCUUUUACGAACCUCGAUAUAACGAAUUUCAGCUUUAAUGAACUUUUGGGGUGAGUGCAGUA